AAAAAAAAACCCUGAUUAUCAGGCAUCGAGGUGAAGAGAAACCAAAGGCUGGAGCCCCAAAGCAAGAGUGUUCCAUUUCCCCUGUGAUAUUACAUAUAAAAUCCCAUUUGGCGGAAGAAGAGGUUUUAUUAUGAGGAUCCGCAAGAACGCCAAGCUUUCCCCUCUUCUGUUCUCCUCGUCCUUGUCGUCCUCGUCGUCUUCGUCCUGCGUACAAGGUGGUUCGGUUCCGUUGGAGUCGCACGUGUGCCAGUUGAACCAGUCCCCAUGGGAUGUGAUCCCCUUUGACUCUGACUCGAUCCAGUUCAAGCUCGACGACAACUUCACCGCGGGAAACAACAAUGGCAGCGCUGUUAAUUCCUUCGCCGCCGUCCAGAGCGUGGCGUCGAUGAUGGAUGCAGGUAACAAAACUACUUGCCACUCGACGGUAAUGGUUGACCUGGUGGCGCCGACAAAUAUUGACGCCACCGUAAACAUGACCAAUCCUUGUCAGUUUCACGAUGACAAGGGUUGGCCAUGUAAGAAUGAAGCCGGACAAGGGCAGUCAUUCUGCGAGCAGCAUUUAUCUUAUUCUCUGCUCACUCCCCUCCACCACACCAGCAGCAAGAAAUCGCAACCAUCCGCGACCGGAACUCGCCGUGGCAAGACUCGGGGAGCGGCGGGGAAGAAGGCGGCAGCUGUGGCGGCGGCUGGGGCGAGUUCAAACCCGUAUGAAUUCUACUACUACUCCGGGUUCGGGCCCUCGUGGAGCAAACGAAGAGGUGAUAGAAACGGUGGAGGAGAAGGGAGCAAGAAUAAUAGCGUUGGGGUUGAGAAUUCGACAAUGGUGGAGUCCGAGAAUGUAGUGGGUGGUGGUGCUGACGAUGUUGUCGAUGAUAUUAAUGGUAAUGUGGCAAGUGUUGAGGUUGUUCCUUCGGUUUCGGAGAUGGAACAUGAUGGGAUAAUCGACUAUGUGGAUGAUGACGAAGAAGAAGAAGAAGAGGUACUUGACGAUAGCGGGAAGAAGAGAAUGAGGAAGCCCGUGAAAGCAAGGUCGCUGAAAUCGUUGAUGUGAAGAAAUGAAGAAGAAAUAGUGGGUAACGAGAUAUAGUAAGAUCGAGGGUUGGGGUUCAAUGUCUUUUGUGACUAUUAUUAUUAUUAUAGAUUAUCGUAAUUUGUUGUUUUUGUCUUUUUAUUUUAUUUUUCGGUGUUAGGGUGGGUGUUGUUGGCGUUGGGGGUGGGAUAUUUAGGGUUAUGAAAAUAAUGAUGCUAAUUUUGGUUUCACAUGACGAAGGGUUAGUUCGCGGGUGAGGUUAGUCUUGCCAACAUGACGGUAGGGGUUUUAUUCUAGUGUGAAGGAGGUGGACCGUAAAAUUUAUGUGUUUGAAAUGAAAAGGGUGUAAUGGUAAAUUGAGCAUGUGGAUUUUGGAGUUUUUAUUUUUAAA